AUGUAUCAUCAGUUGAAGUACCACGACAGUGGAAAACAGAAGGAAUUUUUACCUCAAAUGGAACAAUGGAACAUGAAAGAUAAGAAAAACCAUGAGCAGAAUCUUGAUCCACAAGAAGCACAGUGGAUGAACUACCAAAUCCCUCAGAUUCCACAGCAACAUGUGGUUAUGUCAGGCCAUUAUCAAGUACCACAACCCCUCCCUCUGGAUGUAAUAGACACUGUUUAUCUAGAGACACUGAGGAAAAGUUUACCAGAUCUGUCACGAAAAGAACCUGAAUCAAAGGUGGAAAUUAAGGAUCAAAAUUCAAAGAAAACAACCUUGGAAGAGAAAGAACUUGUUAAAAAUGGGGUUGUGAAGGAGAAGGAGAAGUAA